GGCCAGCUGCACUGUUGCAGAGCCAAUAAUUAGCUUUCAUAGAUUUUUUAUUUUAUUUUAUUUUUUUGGCUUAAUUAAUUUUUACGGAUUUUCUAUAUAUAUGCAAGUUCAAGAAGCUUAGUGUCAAGGCAAUAUACUCUCUUCUUGUACAAUUAAGAUAGCCUUCCUCUUCAAGCACUAAACCAGAUAUAUUAAGAUGGCUUCCUGGUCUGCUGAAAAUGCCACUAAAGCUUAUCUCAGAACCAUCAAGAUGGGAAAUACUGAUAAAGAACCAAAUGUAGCUGAGUUCGUGUCAGCACUAUCUGCUGGAAACAAUGCACAACUGAUGGUGGUUGCUUGUGCCAAUACAGCAGGCUCACCAACGCUUGGACUAGUUGCUGCAGCUCAUCAGACUGGAGGAAGAGUUAUCUGCAUUGUACGCGGUGAAGAGGAACUUCAGUCGUCGAUGGAUGCACUUGGCUGCAAUGCUAGCCGAGUGGAGUUUGUUGUUGGGGAACCUCAACUUUUGUUGUCAGGCAAAUACAGAAAUGCAGAUCUUGUUGUCAUAGACUGCAAUCUUGAAAACCAUGAGGAGAUUUUUAGAGUUGUGCAAAUGUCAGCUGGGAGGAGUAAGAUUAGCACUACUGUAUUAGGCUACAAUGCAUUCUGCAAGGAGUCGUGGCAGUGGGGUGGAUCCAGGACUCAUCUUUUACCUAUUGGAGAAGGGCUGCUAAUGACUAGAAUAGCGGAAAACAUUGAGUUUAGAGGUGGAGAGAAUGGUGGUCCGGGGAAGAAAAGCCAUUGGAUAGUUAAAGUGGACAAGUGCACAGGUGAAGAGCAUGUAUUCAGAGUCAGGAUGCCUCAUGGAAGAUCUACAAUCAAGGCAUAAGUUACAGCAUGACAUUGCGUCUUGAAGUCUGAUUGCUAUCCUGUAGAUGUAAAUAUUAAUAGCAUAGUCUUUUAGCAGAUUUAUAUAAAUGUUUGAAGAUUAUAGCAAGCUAGGUUUUAGGUUCGUUUCUCGAAUCAGAUAUGAAGUUGUCUAUAUGGUGAACAAAUAUUUGGCACUUACAGAUAUGGAAAUUGCAGAAAGAUAAAGAAAGACUCUGGUAUAUUCUGGCUAUCCAAUACAGGUUCCCAAUGUGAGACAGUUCUAAAUAUCAAGCGACUUUCUUAUACUGAACUCGAUGCCCUUAUGA